UGUAGUGGAUGGGUUGGGUGAAAAGGUCUGUACGUACGUCGAAGAAGUGCUCCCCGUGUUGGCAAGACGAGAUACAAACCUGCGACCUAUUUUAGUGUAUUUUCUUUUGCUUUUGUGUGUCGAAAUUUUUUACAGCGAAGUUGCCAGCGCCUGUUUAUUGUCAGUGUUUUGUUUUAGAGGUGGGGUUUACAAGAUUGUACCGAGAAACUUUCCAAAAGGAGAUUGAAAAACGAGACAGGUUUUAGGAGGUGUAUGUCAGGAUGGCUCAGUGGAACCAGUUACAGCAGCUGGAGACCAGGUACCUGGAGCAACUCUACCACCUGUACAGUGACAGCUUCCCCAUGGAGCUACGACAGUUCCUUGCUCCCUGGAUUGAGAGUCAGGACUGGGCUUACGCUGCCAACAAGGAGUCACAUGCCACACUGGUGUUCCACAACCUCUUGGGAGAGAUAGACCAGCAGUAUAGCCGUUUCUUGCAGGAGAACAAUGUACUCUACCAGCAUAACUUGCGCAGGAUCAAACAACAUCUCCAGAGCAAGUACUUGGAGAAGCCGAUGGAUAUUGCCCGCAUUGUUGCCCGCUGCUUGUGGGAGGAGCAAAGGCUGCUGCAGACUGCCACCUCUGCUGCACAGGAUGGCCAGGCAGCCCAUCCCACCGGCACUGUGGUGACAGAGAAGCAGCAGAUCCUGGAGCACAACCUUCAAGACAUCAGGAAGCGAGUCCAGGAUAUGGAACAGAAAAUGAAAAUGCUUGAGAACUUGCAAGAUGACUUUGAUUUCAAUUACAAGACAUUGAAAAGCCAAGGAGAGUUGUCCCAGGACCUAAAUGGGAAUAGUCAGGCAGUUGCUACAAGACAGAAGAUGGCUCAGCUGGAGCAGAUGCUCAGCGCCCUAGAUCAGCUCAGGAGGCAAAUUGUGACAGAGAUGGGAGGCUUGUUGACCGCCAUGGAUUAUGUUCAGAAGAACCUGACAGAUGAAGAGUUGGCAGACUGGAAGCGAAGACAGCAAAUUGCCUGUAUUGGAGGUCCGCCUAACAUCUGCCUGGACCGACUAGAAACAUGGAUCACUUCGUUGGCUGAGUCCCAGCUCCAGAUUCGUCAGCAGAUCAAGAAAUUGGAAGAGCUUCAACAGAAGGUGUCCUACAAAGGAGAUCCCAUCAUCCAGCACCGGCCUGCCCUGGAGGAGAAGAUUGUGGACUUGUUCAGAAACCUCAUGAAGAGCGCUUUUGUGGUUGAAAGACAGCCUUGUAUGCCCAUGCAUCCAGACAGACCUCUGGUCAUCAAAACAGGAGUGCAGUUCACAAACAAAGUCAGGCUACUGGUGAAAUUUCCUGAACUCAAUUACCAGCUGAAAAUUAAAGUUUGCAUUGACAAGGAAUCUGGGGAUGUUGCUGCGAUUCGAGGGUCACGAAAGUUUAACAUCCUCGGUACCAACACAAAAGUUAUGAAUAUGGAGGAAUCCAACAAUGGCAGCCUGUCAGCAGAGUUUAAACACUUGACCCUGAGAGAACAGAGAUGUGGUAAUGGUGGACGGACCAAUAGUGAUGCCUCUCUGAUUGUCACUGAAGAGCUCCAUCUUAUCACUUUUGAGACAGAAGUCUAUCACCAAGGCUUGAAGAUCGAUCUGGAGACUCAUUCACUGCCUGUGGUAGUCAUUUCAAACAUCUGCCAGAUGCCCAACGCCUGGGCUUCCAUCCUGUGGUACAACAUGCUCACUAACCACCCAAAGAAUGUGAACUUCUUCACCAAGCCACCAGUGGGGACGUGGGACCAGGUGGCCGAGGUGCUAAGCUGGCAGUUCUCCUCCACCACUAAGAGAGGCCUGACCAUUGAACAGCUCACCACACUGGCUGAGAAAUUACUAGGACCUUGUGUCAACUACUCCGGCUGUCAGAUCACCUGGGCCAAGUUCUGUAAAGAAAACAUGGCUGGCAAAGGUUUCUCCUUCUGGGUGUGGCUGGACAACAUUAUUGACCUGGUGAAGAAGUAUAUCCUGGCAUUGUGGAAUGAAGGGUAUAUCAUGGGCUUUAUCAGUAAGGAGAGGGAGAGGGCCAUUCUUAGUCCAAAACCUCCCGGCACUUUCCUGCUACGCUUCAGUGAGAGCAGCAAGGAGGGAGGAAUUACAUUUACAUGGGUAGAGAAAGACAUCAGUGGAAAGACCCAGAUCCAGUCAGUGGAGCCUUACACCAAGCAGCAGCUCAAUAGUAUGUCUUUUGCCGACAUCAUCAUGGGCUACAAGAUUAUGGAUGCCACCAAUAUCCUGGUUUCGCCACUCGUCUACCUCUACCCCGAGAUCCCCAAAGAGGAAGCUUUUGGAAAAUACUGCAGGCCUGAAGCAGCUCCUGAGCCUGAGAUGGGAGGAGACUCUACGAGCACUAUUCAGCCAUACCUAAAGACAAAGUUCAUCUGCGUUACCCCGUGUCCCUCCGUGUUCAUGGACUUGCCGGACAGUGAGCUGCUUGGGAACGGAUUCCCAGGCACAAACUCUGGAAACACCAGUGACCUGUUCCCUAUGUCGCCUCGCACCCUUGAUUCCCUGAUGCACAAUGAAGCAGAAGCCAAUCCAGGACAUUUGGAAUCACUCACUUUGGACAUGGAUGUAGCAUCGCCUAUGUGAAGAGAUUCUUCAAGUUUCUUUCUUUCCAAGAUGAUUUUGUUGGGAUUUAAUAUUAUGUGGUGGAAGAGGAUUUGAUCAUGAUUUAUUUCCUGCCUCUGUAAACACAGUCUGUCCUGUACAUUUGUACUUCGUUUCCGUCACACAAUGCAGAAUUAAACGGUUCUGAAUUUUGAGAAGCUUGCCACUUGUUAACGUUUUGACUGUCCUUCUGUAGUUUUGUGUGUUUCAAUUGUUAAUACUGACCUGUUGUCUAUUAAGCAACAUCCUACUCCUAUUCAGUACUUCCCUAUCUACGGAAAUGUCUUUACAUAUAAUACAUUUAAGUAUCUGAAAUUGUAUUUUUUUGAAAACGUAUUUUUGUGUUAUUGCCGUUUAAAAGUUUGUGUUAUGUGUUUUUGUUUUUUUUUGUAUAAGAAAAUGUAAAGCGGAUAAUUGUUGUAUAAGCUAUGCCGCUUUGAAAAUGUACUUUUGAUGCAUUUAAUGGUCUUUUCCAAUAUUAUGUCUCCUUUUUAUUCCCUACCAAAUGUAAUAUCCCAUGUGUUCUACAUUUUAAAUGGUCUCUAUUUUAUUCAUGAUGAUUUUUACACAAAAUUGAGUAUUUCUGACUCAUAGCCACACCUGAAUCGUUGUAAAACAUUGUGGGCAAUCACAAGAUCACAUGUAAAAAUGAUGCUCUUACAACGUCUUUGUCACUCCCCCUUAAAUACUGUAAUCUGUGAUUAUAUGAAUUGCACUUGCUUUUGACAUUUUUUGUUUAGGUAUUUCUUUUUUUGCCUGAAUUCACCUAAUAUGAUUUGAAAUGUGAUGCAAAUCAUUUUCUGAACAGUUUAUUUUAGGACUGACUUAUUAAAAAUAACCAUGGAUGUAAAAGAAAGAUAUUUCACUCUAACAGAGUGUAUAAAGCAAGGUGUAUAGUAGUUGACUUUUGAACUUUAAACCACACUUUGUAUGCCAUGCCAUGAAAUUCUCUUCUGUGGUCUCAUUUCAAAGAAGGUUUGUGUAAAAUAUGCUGUAAGUAUUCAUAAUUUGACAAAAGGCAAUAAAAGAAACAGUUAGCA